AUCCGGUUCGGUGUUUAUCGAGCAGCGGAGGACGUGCGUUCAGUUUGAUUCCUCUCACCAUACUGUAUUUUUAUUUCAUGCUCGCGCAAUGCUCGCGUAACAGCCCUGCCGGUUAUGGCUGAAUUAGCAGAACAAGGACACCGACGGCCCCCCCGCGACUAAUGGUGAGCUUUGUGACCCGGUUUUCACUCGUUUUUUAUCGGGGCUGCGUUACAGGACGAGCCCGUCAAGGUUAGCGUCGCCGUUUCCUCUCCCCCCUCCUCCCCCCCCGGAACCGAACUCGAGCUAACAUGGCGUGACGACAAUGAAACGCCGUGUCCUCGGCGGCCAGCCGGUGGCUGAGAAGAAGAAGAAGCAGCAGCAGGAGGAGAAGAAGGAGGAGGAGAAGAUGCUGCUGAAGACGCCCCAGAAGCUGCUGAAGACCGGCCACUACAUCGAGCUGGGCAGCUACCAGCACUGGCCGGUGCUGAUACCCCAGAGGAUCAGACUGUACACCUACGAGCAGAUCCCCCUCUUCCUCAAAGAAAACCCCUUCAUCACCGGCGGCUACCGGGCCCACCUGCCCUCCAAGCUCUGCCUGAGGAGUAUUUUUAUGCUGACCAAUGAGACGGUGAACAUUUGGAGCCACCUCCUCGGUUUCCUGCUCUUCUUCUCCCUGGGGGUCAACGACGUGUCCUCGGUGCUGCCGGCCUCCGGCGCCAAUAGAGAGGACUACGUCAUCUACGUCAUCGGACUCUUCUGCUUCCAGGUGUGCAUGCUGUGUUCCGUGGGGUACCACCUGUUCUCGUGCCACCGAUCUGAGACCACCUGCCGCCGCUGGCUCUCUUUGGACUACGCCGGCAUCUCCGUCGGCAUCCUGGGCUGCUACGUCCCCGGGAUCUUCUACGCCUUCUACUGCAACGCUUUCUGGCGACAGGUCUACCUGCUGACCGUGCUGUCGCUCAUCCUGGCCGUCUUCUGCACUCAGGUGCACCCUCAUUACCUCAGCAACGAGUGGCGAGGGAUUCGCACGACGAUCUUCUGCUGCGUGGCGGGCAUCAGCGUCAUUCCCGCGUGUCACUGGGUCUGGCUCAACGGAGGACUCGCCACGGACGUCGUGCAGCUGUUCCUGCCGCGCGUGCUAGUGAUGUACCUGAUUGCCGGAGCUGCGUUCUUGUUCUACGUCACCAAGGUCCCCGAACGCUACUUCCCCGGCCAGCUGAACUACCUGGGAGCCAGCCACCAGGUGUGGCACAUACUGGUAGUGGUGAUGUUUUACUGGUGGCAUCAGACAGCCGUGCACAUCAUGCACUUCAGGCACAGCCGGUCCUGCCCGAGCAGCAGCAGCUAAGUUGGACAGAUCCCACGAUGUAAUGGAACGGCAAUCGGUUGCAGGCUACUAAGCUAUGAAUGUUAGUGGACAUCAGUUAAACACCUAAUGUUGCUUUUCAAACACUUCUCACCAGUCAGUCUGCUGGUUAGAAGCUGCCGCCUAAAGGGAUUUUAACCACAAGCUUGUGCUUAUUACCCACUAAGGUGUAAAACUGACAGUCUCAUGGAAGCUCCUGGUUUUCAUUGAGCUGCUGGUUACUGUUUUAGUGGCUUUUUAAGGCCAGUACACGCAUUAAUUCUACUGUGUCCAGCACUUGAUAUCUGCAAGGAGAAGCUACACAGUACUGUACAUCUUAAAAUUGCUUAUCCACCAUAACCAUUAAGUUGCAUGAAGCUGGAAUUUUAUAUUAUUUUGUAGAAACGGACUACGGUUUGGAGUUUUUAAUUGGUGAUCUUUUUUUUAUCGCAUGGUUUGUUGAGUUUGGGAUCUUCUUUGUGUACAGAAGUUUUAAAGAAUAUCUACAUGGAUUCUGUUGAAUCAAACAUAAAUGCCUGUGUGAACAAUUCCUUAAUUUUUGCUUUCUAUGUGAUUAGAUUGGAUGAAACGUCUUGAUGAAAUGUGAAAAGCAGAGAACAAAAACUGGAAAUUCAGCACUGUGAACUCUGGGAAAAAUAAUGUCUCAAUGUAUUUGAAGCGCUCGAACAAAUAUCUAAAGGUCAAUCAAUGAUCAAUCCGCAAUAUCUGAGAAGAAAGUGUAGGAACCAUAUUCAGCCUACAUUACAUUACUUCCUAAAUACAGCCUGAUUUUUAUUUGUCUUUGGAACAGAGAAAGUGUCAGUGUUGCGGUGGCCAAAUCCAGCAUGUUAUGGCUUCACUACACGAUAUGUAAUAUCAGCCUUAAUACCAGAACAACCGAGUUAAUCAACAACAUAUUGUACAAUCAUCCCCUUUUUAAUUUAAAUAUUAGUCUGUUAGAUUUAACUUAUUAAUCAAAAAGAAAGCUUGACCAGCUAAAUUGACCGAGCUUCAUUCUCCUGACAUCAUGGUGAAUGGUUCUGGGAUCAGAUGUGGAGUCACCAACUACUGUUUUUGUUAGAAAGUGGUCUAAACUGGAGUCUGCAUGGCUGGAAUGACAAAAAUGCUGAUUGUAGUAUUGUGAUAAAAAAAGAACCCUUUAACAACAGUUUGAACUGGACAAUCACGACAACGAGGACACAUUUCGGCUGACGAUCCAGUUGGCGGUAGCACUUUAACGCUCUCCGAUUGGUCAACGCCUGUCACUGAUCAGGCAGGAAGCCCUUUUGAGUCAUAAAGGUUAAUUGUGUACAAUUUUGCAUGUAUUGUCUACUUGAGGCUGUUGUUUAAGCGAGGCCAGUGUUACAGGUUUUUAUUUUUAAAAUCACUCCAAUCAUGUUUGCAUACGUUUGCCUUAUCAUCUGUGAGUAUUUGUACUGUAUACACACUUACUGUUAGAGUCGGUUUCGGUGUCAAAAUAAUUAUCAAACUCAGACCGAUUUAAUCUUAGCUGUUACACAACAACGCCAGUAUGGUUUUUAUCUAAUAUGAUUCAACGCUUAGAACAAGUUAUGGAUUUUAGUUGAGGUCACUUACUGCUGCGGAACUGUGUGUGGCACAAUGAAAGAAGUGACUUUAUUUCUGCCUUUUUGGGUUUGUGUUUUUAUUUUUCAUCAUGCAUAUCUAACAAUCAUGUACUGCUUGGUCUGUUCUUGAAAAUUCAUAUCAUGAUUGUUUUAUCCUGUGUUUGUGUUUCCUUAAUUAUCAUUUAUAUGAUAAAGCACUGGCGCUGAUUUACAAGAUAUUUAUUUCAGUGCCUAUGUGAAAUUAUAUUUAUAAUAUAUUUUUAAACAUUUUGAAUGAAUAAAGAAUGCUGGAAAAUA